GCCAGAUUAAGCCGAGAGCUAACGGCACUGUUAGCUGAGUUCGGUGGCAGCGUGUGGCCAUUUCUGCGUUGUCCUCGUCUUCAGUGUUUCCUUGCGGUCGCGCGCGGGUUGACCGCGAGUUCUGCGUUUGAGAGUUCGGUAAGAAGCGCGUGCCCGCGGCGCUUCCCCGGAGGUCCUGCGUGUCUGCUCUGGAGCUUCAGGCUCCUGGAUCUAAGCGCUGGCUGGAGCCGCCCGCGGUGGAAUUCUUUGGAGAUCACGCCUUCCCUGCUUGAGGAGGAAGUUCGACGGCGUGUCGCCUGCGUUGUCGCCACCCGGUAACGCCUCCACCCAGGUUGAGCGGUUCUGUCGGUGCUUCAGCUCCUCAGGAAGUUUGAGUAUCAUUCUUAGAGAAAUUCCACAUGGAUGGCCUUUCUCCCAAUGUCACACCCUGUGCUCCGAUGGUCUCAUUCCAGGGAGAGAUGAAGAAAACCCUGCAGGAUGAGAUUGAAGCCAUUCUUAGGAAGAGGAUUAUGGUGCUAGAUGGUGGAAUGGGGACCAUGAUCCAGCGAUACAAACUAAGUGAAGAAAGUUUCCAAGGUCAAGAAUUUAGAGAUCACACCAGGCCACUGAAAGGCAACAAUGACAUCUUAAGUAUAACCCAGCCUGAUAUUAUUUGCCAAAUUCAUAAGGAAUACUUGCUGGCUGGAGCAGAUAUCAUUGAAACAAACACUUUCAGCAGCACUAGUAUUGCCCAAGCUGACUAUGGCCUUGAACACUUGGCCUACCGGAUGAACAAGUGCUCUGCAGAUGUGGCCAGAAGAGCCGCUGAGGAGAUAACUGUGCAGACAGGAAUCAAGAGGUUUGUGGCUGGAGCUCUGGGUCCAACUAAUAAGACACUUUCUGUCUCCCCAUCUGUGGAAAGGCCGGACUAUAGGAACAUAACAUUUGAUGAGCUUGUUGAAGCUUACCAGGAGCAGGCCAAAGGACUGCUGGAUGGUGGUGUUGAUAUCUUGCUCAUUGAAACGAUUUUUGAUACAGCCAAUGCUAAAGCAGCCUUGUUUGCACUCCAGAAACUCUUUGAAGAGAAGUAUGCUCCUCCUCGGCCUAUCUUUAUUUCUGGGACCAUUGUUGAUAAAAGUGGACGAACUCUUUCUGGCCAAACAGGAGAGGCAUUUGUCAUUAGUGUGUCUCAUUCAGACCCGCUGUGCAUUGGAUUAAAUUGUGCUCUGGGUGCAGCUGAAAUGAGGCCUUUCAUUGAAACAAUUGGAAAAUGCACAACAGCCUAUGUCCUCUGUUACCCAAAUGCAGGUCUUCCCAAUACUUUUGGUGACUAUGAUGAGACACCAUCCAUGAUGGCCAAUCACCUAAAGGACUUUGCUAUGGAUGGCUUGGUGAAUAUAGUUGGUGGCUGCUGUGGUUCCACACCCGAUCAUAUCAGGGAAAUUGCUGAAGCUGUGAAAAAUUGUAAGCCUAGAGUUCCACCUGCUAGUGUUUUUGAAGGACAUAUGUUACUAUCUGGUCUAGAGCCCUUUAGGAUUGGACCAUACACCAACUUCGUUAACAUCGGAGAGCGCUGUAACGUGGCAGGAUCCAGGAAGUUUGCUAAACUCAUCAUGGCAGGAAACUAUGAUGAAGCCCUGAGCAUUGCCAAAGUACAGGUGGAAAUGGGAGCUCAGGUGCUAGACAUCAACAUGGAUGAUGGCAUGCUGGAUGGUCCCAGUGCAAUGACCAGAUUUUGCAACUUUAUUGCCUCCGAGCCCGACAUCGCCAAGGUGCCACUGUGCAUCGACUCUUCCAAUUUUGCUGUGAUUGAAGCUGGACUGAAGUGCUGCCAAGGGAAGUGCAUCGUCAAUAGCAUCAGUCUGAAAGAGGGGGAGGAGGACUUCUUGGAAAAGGCCAGGAAGAUUAAGAAGUUUGGAGCUGCUGUGGUGGUUAUGGCUUUUGAUGAAGAAGGACAGGCAACAGAAACAGAUGUUAAAAUCAGUGUGUGCACCCGAGCCUACCAUCUGCUUGUGGAAAAACUGGGCUUCAAUCCAAAUGACAUCAUCUUUGACCCAAACAUUCUUACCAUUGGUACUGGAAUGGAAGAACAUAACUUGUAUGCUAUCAAUUUUAUUCAUGCAACAAGAAUCAUUAAAGAAACAUUACCAGGAGUCAGAAUAAGUGGAGGUCUUUCUAACUUGUCCUUCUCCUUCCGAGGGAUGGAAGCCAUUCGAGAAGCAAUGCAUGGUGUUUUCCUUUACCAUGCAAUCAAGUUUGGUAUGGACAUGGGGAUAGUCAAUGCAGGCAACCUCCCUGUGUAUGAUGAUAUCCAAAAGGACCUUCUUCAGCUCUGUGAAGACCUCAUCUGGAACAAAGACCCUGAGGCUACUGAGAAACUCUUACGAUAUGCCCAGACUCAUGGCAAAGGAGGGAAGAAAGUCAUCCAGACAGAUGAGUGGAGGAAUGGUUCCAUUGAAGAGCGUCUUGAGUAUGCUCUCGUGAAGGGCAUUGAAAAGCACAUUGUUGAAGAUACUGAAGAAGCCAGGUUAAACCGGGAAAAAUAUCCUCGACCUCUGAAUAUAAUUGAAGGGCCUCUAAUGAAUGGCAUGAAAGUGGUUGGUGAUCUUUUUGGAGCUGGAAAGAUGUUUCUACCUCAGGUUAUAAAGUCAGCCCGUGUCAUGAAGAAGGCUGUUGGACACCUUAUCCCUUUCAUGGAAAAAGAAAGAGAAGAAGCUAGAGUGCUCAAUGGCUCUGUUGAAGAAGAGGACCCUUACCAAGGCACCAUUGUGCUGGCCACUGUUAAAGGUGAUGUGCACGACAUAGGCAAGAACAUAGUUGGCGUGGUGCUGGGCUGCAAUAAUUUCAGAGUUAUUGAUUUAGGAGUCAUGACUCCCUGUGAUAAGAUACUUCAAGCAGCUCUGGACUACAAAGCAGAUAUAAUUGGCUUGUCAGGACUCAUCACUCCAUCCCUGGACGAAAUGAUUUUUGUUGCCAAGGAAAUGGAGAGGUUGGCUAUAAAGAUUCCGUUGAUGAUAGGAGGAGCAACCACGUCAAGGACUCACACAGCAGUUAAAAUAGCACCACGAUACAGUGCUCCUGUAAUCCAUGUCCUGGAUGCAUCCAAGAGUGUGGUGGUGUGUUCUCAGCUGUUAGAUGAAAAUCUGAAAGAUGACUACAUUGAAGAAAUACUAGAAGAAUAUGAAGAUAUUAGACAGGACCACUAUGAGUCUCUCAAGGAGAGAAAAUACUUAUCCCUAAGUCAAGCCAGAAAAAGUGGUUUCCACAUUGAUUGGCUGUCUGAACCUCACCCAGUGAAGCCCACAUUUAUUGGGACCCAGGUCUUUGAAGACUAUAACCUGCAAAAGCUGGUGGACUACAUUGACUGGAAACCUUUCUUUGAUGUCUGGCAGCUCCGUGGCAAGUACCCGAAUCGAGGCUUCCCCAAGAUAUUUAACGACAAAACAGUAGGUAAAGAAGCCAGAAAGCUAUAUGAUGAUGCUCAGAAUAUGUUGAACAUACUGAUAAGUCAAAAGAAACUCCAGGCCAGGGGUGUGGUUGGAUUCUGGCCAGCACAGAGUGUCCAAGAUGAUAUCCACUUGUAUGCAGAGGGUGUGGUGCCCCAGGCUUCAGAGCCCAUAGCCACCUUCUAUGGACUGCGGCAGCAGGCUGAGAAGGACUCUUCCAGUACAGACCCUUACCACUGCCUCUCAGACUUCAUUGCUCCUCUGCAUUCUGGUGUCCGCGACUACUUGGGUCUGUUUGCUGUUGCCUGCUUUGGGGUUGAAGAACUGAGUAAGGCUUACGAGGAUGACGGCGAUGACUACAACAGCAUCAUGGUGAAGGCACUGGGUGACCGGCUCGCAGAGGCCUUUGCAGAGGAGCUGCAUGAGAGAGUUCGCCGAGAACUGUGGGCCUACUGUAGUAGUGAGCUGUUGGGAGUCACAGACCUGCGCAAACUCCGCUAUGAGGGCAUCCGACCAGCUCCUGGUUAUCCCAGCCAGCCUGACCAUACUGAGAAGCUCACCAUGUGGAGAUUGGCCAACAUUGAGCAGGCCACAGGCAUCAAGUUGACAGAAUCCUUGGCAAUGGCACCUGCUUCAGCAGUAUCAGGUCUCUACUUCUCCAAUGUAAAGUCCAAAUAUUUUGCUGUGGGGAAAGUUUCCAAGGAUCAGAUUGAGGAUUAUGCUUCGAGGAAGAACAUGCCGGUAGCUGAGGUGGAGAGAUGGCUUGGCCCCAUUCUGGGAUAUGACACAGACUGACUUCUUUCUCUCUUCACACUUCUUUUCUUCUUUUUCCUUUUUCCUUUAAAACCUUUAGCUUGCUGACCUCAAGGGGGGUACAAUCCAGAGUGCCUUAGAAAUAACAACAGAAAACAGCUGUACGUCUGCCUGACCUGCCCAUUCCCAGUGUUGGAAGACUGGUUGGUGGCAUGUGAUGUAGAACAGGGCUUCUGGGUUCCUAGAAAAUAAGUGCUUUUUCAGGGACUUUAAAUGAGGAGCAACAAGGUGCCAAGGCUUAUGUUUAUGUUGUUCCUGGGUCUUUAGGAUUGGAGCAAGCAGAAGACAUCUUUUGCAUUCUAAAGCAACUCAAUUAGCUUUUUUCCUAUUUUUGCCUUUGACCUAGGAGGGUACUUGUUCCUGAUUUUUGUUGUUAUUUGUUUGGUUUUACUGUUUUGCCACAUUAAAAAAAAGUCUUGUAAAUAAGUUGUAUAGGGGAAUGUAUAGAGACAUGUGACCCAGAAGCAAAGUGCCACCGUGAGAAAUGUGACAUAUCAAUGGUUUCAACAGGAGUAAGAUAUUCCUCUCUUUACUUCUGCAAGUCCUCAUUUUCUGAGGCUCAACUAAAUGACUAUAGAACCUCUUUGACAGAGGCCUAUUCGCUGCUUGCUGGACAGAAAUACUCGAACUGUUUGCCCUGGUGUGCUGAUGUGGCUACGCAUAGUCACAUUUUCUAAGCUUUUUUUUGUCCCUUGUAGUUUCAUGUUCCUUUGCGCUAGGGGAAAAGUGGAAGAGAAAGAAAGUGACUACCAAGGCUGUUAUUUACCAUCUUCUAGCUGUUCUCAGAAUCAAGCUGAGCCCUGGCGUCUGUGCAGAGCUGGACCUGUGGGUGGCUUAAAGCCACUCAAUUCUUUGCGGGCUUGUGACUCUAAACUCAUAUAUUUUGGAUAUACUACAUUGGCUUGUUCUUUGUUAUUUCUGGAGAAGUUGUUCAGAGCAUUUGUCUCUGAAAGCACAGACUCCAAUUUCAACUUUGCUGUGUAACUUCAUGUGACAAAAUGCCACAUGUUUAGUCUUUCCAAUACUGUUUGGUCAUUGAUAAAAUGAGAACGGUGAUAUUAAUUUCUGUCUCAGUGGGUGAGGUUUAAAUAAGUACACGAAGACAAUUCAGGUGCACACAGAUACCUAAGUGGAGUCCUGUAGAUCACUGUAGUCUUUGCACUUUGGGUAUGGAAAUAAUAAGAGAUUAAGGGAUGAGGAGGUAGAGUAGGGAAAUGUGUAUGGGGAUGUGACUGUAUGAGAAUCUUCUUCUGGGAUUAGAACCCCAACUUACAAUUUACACUGACUGAGGAAGAGAAGGAGCUUCCAUGUGUUAUAAAUGCUGUCAGGACUCGUCUUUUGUGACUGCAUGCUUAAUUUUUCAGUUAAGAAUUGUCUGUAGCCAAAUGUGCCUGCCCUAUGCCUGUCAUCAGCAUUUGGGAAGUUGAGGCAGGAGGAUUGGCAUGAGUAACAGACCAGCGUGAGUUAAAUAGACUGUCUUCAGAAACAAAAACAGGACGAGCAAGAUGGCUCAGUGAGUAAAUUUACAGGCUAACAAACCUGACUUGAGUUUGAUUUCUGGGGCUCACAUGGUAGAAGAGACUCCUGACUUCCACACACAGGUUGUGGCAUACCACACAAUAAAUGCAUAUUUGGGGGCAGGGAGGAAUUGUCUCCAUGUUGCUGUUUGGUCUGUUGCCUGCUCUGGAGGCUAGUUUUGUGGAACAGUGUCUGGGAUUAGGGGGUAGUUUUAUUUCCGUUUCUCCUUUGAGCUAUUCACCUCCAUUCGUAAUGGACACACAUGGAAAUAAUCGUUUUUUUUCCCCCAGUUGAUUCUCUCAUGCAUGCUGUCUUCACAUAUUUGGACUUCUUUCAUGUACCAAUUAUUUUUCUCCUCUUGCAUUUAAUGCAGUGAAGUUAAGGGAGAUGUGUUUCUCAUCUCUUACCAAUGAUGGCUUCUUAAUCAUUAGAUCUAGAGGCCUUCUUAGGGGGUUAUUUUCUCUGUGGUUAAGACAGAAUUGACUGUUCCAAAUUGUUACCCAUAUCCCCUCCCUUGACAUAAUUCUUUUGUUAGCCUUUGAUAUUUAUGGUAAUUUCUCAACCAUGUUUUUCUUCUACCUGCUUAAAUUCUUACAUUCUGUCAUUAGUUGUUUUUCCAGCCUAUUGUUUCAGAGGAUGGUCUCAUCUGUUCAGUACUGCAGGCUCCUCCAUCCUUGAUUCUUGCCCCUUAAGAGGAAGGUCGCCACCUCCUCCAUCCUUGAUUCUUGCUCCUUAAGAGGAAGGUCGCCACUUCCUCCAUCCUUGAUUCUUGCUCCUUAAGAGGAAGGUCGCCACCUCCUCCAUCCUUGAUUCUUGCUCCUUAAGAGGAAGGUCGCCAUCUCCUCCAUCCUUGAUUCUUGCUCCUUAAGAGGAAGGUCACCAUCUCCUCCAUCCUUGAUUCUUGCUCCUUAAGAGGAAGGUCACCAUCUCCUCCAUCCUUGAUUCUUGCUCCUUAAGAGGAAGGUUGCCACCUUCUCUGGGAGUACCUGAGGCACCUGAUAGUCGAGCAUCCCAAGCUUCUCUCUAUCUCAUUUCACUUCAGUAAUAAAGACCAAUGGGUGCUGCCCAGUCAGCAGAUUGCAAGCUUACUCCAGACUCUCUCUCUCUCUCUCUCUCUCUCUCUCUCUCUCUCUCUCUCUCUCUCUCUCUCUCUCUAGGACAGUUUGCUCAAAAGGUGUUAGGCUGGUUGUGGGAGUACUUAGGGAAGGCUCUGUUGACUCCCGUUUAGACUGAAGGCUAAAGAUGGAGCAGCAGGGAAGGAACAGAUGAGGAACUGUGAAUAGAAACAUUAAAGGUUAUAAGAUGCCAGGUCUUUCCAAACUGAGCUUUGCAGUAAAGCUUUCCAGCAGCAAUUCUCACUGGGGUCAUACUGAAGACAAGUAGAUGACUAGUGUGGAAUAGCAAAGGAUCAAAAGUGGUUAGAUGCUUCUGCAAAUGGAGUUGUGUAGGGAACUUGUCUGACAAUACAUGAAGCUUUAGUGCAGAAGUGGUUUAAGUCAUUGCUACAUAAAACUAAGGACUUUAUAGAUAAGCAAGCGAAUGCUUUAAACAAGAAAACUUUUUAUAACAUUCUUUAUCAAUUCUUGGGAAUUUCACAUCAUGCACCCCAAUCCCACUCAUCUCCCCAUCACUCCAUAUCUGCCCCUCACCACUGCAGUGUCUGUCCCCUAAAAGGACCACUCCCCCCAAAAAAUUAAAAGCAAAGCAAACAGAGCCAGCCUGCCCUUCACUGGCUCUGGGAUAGCUGAUCUUGUCCCUUGCUGGACAUUGUCCCCAGAGAGCUGGGCCUAACCCCUCAUGGGAGAGCUGACCCUAGCACUAAGAGAUGGGACGACCCCUUACCACAGGCAUGGGAGAGCUGACUCCACACCUCACCUCGCCUGAGGGGUAAGUCCUAGAGGCCCAGACUGACCAGCCUUGGGUUGGCCCACCCUAACAUCUACCCCAUCCAUGACCUGCUGGAGUGUGUUAAAGGACUUGUCCUAUGGAACGAUAGCCACAGGAGCUCCAUGACUCAAGACAACAGCAGGAUAUCCGAGAGUAUUUUCAGUGAGGGUCCAGUGAUUAUGGUGAGCCAGAGGCCUUAAACCAGACCAAUGACUCAUUGCAAAGAAGAUUUGUGGGUGGAGCUAGUUAGACAAAAAGGUAUAAAUGUCAUGACACACUACAGCUCUCAGUGCUACUAGGACAAAUGAAGAGGUGUUUGCUUUGAGAAGACAUUUUUAAAAAAUAACUGAUAAGGAUUAGUAGCCAGAAUGCAUAGAAAUUUUCUACUUGGGAAAAAAAUAGAAAAGCAUUCUCAUGAGGCUAGUAAAUAAAUAGAUGUUUUGUAGUGGUCAGAAGUGUGAGAUUCUGCUUGCAAGAGUGGGAUCCACAGUUUCAGGUUAGUCUGUAGGUAGUCACAUACAUUUCCCAUCACUGUUGGAGAACAGUCACACCUCACAGACAUGAACAUCUACAGAGUGAAUAUGGGCUGAGCUUCCAGUAAUGUUCAGCCAUGUCUUACAUCUUGGUCAUGGCAGUAUAAUCAUGUUAGUACCUGGGAUAACUGAAGUCCUGUCUGUGGGAGAAUGGCUUCAUAGGGUACUCUCGGGUACAUGGUGUGGAAAAAUGAGUGAAUGACAGCCACACUUGGCAACAUAGGGGCAAAACAAGGUUCUUGUGACUGCUUAAGGCAUGAUACCUAUUAUAUUGAGUUCAGAAGUGCAUGAGACCAAAGGAUAUAUACGGUAGCUAGAUAUGUGAUUAGAAAUUUAUUAAGAAAAGUCACAGAAAACCUAAAGUUAAGCUUAAUGAUAGUCUGUGGAAGGAGGAGUUAAAAGGGCCAGAGAAAAACACAAAGGUGAAUUAUGAAUAACUGUUUAGUUCUUAGAAGGGAGGGUUAUAACUGUUUACUACAUACAGCAUUUUUGUAUAUUUUAAAUAUGCUAUAUUUACUGUGUAUUUAAUAUAUUUUAAACAAUAAAGUACCGUGAUAACCUCA